UGUUUUCAUCUUCUCGUAGAGCGAAAGCAAAGAUGGAUGCAGCAAUUAAAACCGUGGUGAGUGUCUACCUGAAGUCAUCCAAGGGCAAGGAAAACCUCGGAGGGAAGGAGUUCCAGAGCCUCGUGAAGAACCAGCUGAAAAACAUUCUGACGGGCUCAGAGGACAAUGAGGCAGUCAAAAACAUGCGUCAACAGCUUGACAACAACCAGGAUGGGAAGGUCAGCUUCCAGGAGUAUAUGAAUCUGAUUGGCUAUCUGGCGCAGGCUGUCAGCGAACAACGUUGUUUGGAAAACGAAACACAACCAGAGAGUUCAACCCAGGAGACGCAGGCUGAGGCGGCAGCCAGUGCACAGGCAGAGCCGCCGAAGGCAGAGCCACAGGAGGCAAAGGAGGUGGAGAAAGAAGACGAGCCAGUGGCUGAGGAGGCAGCGGCCGAAGAGCAGAAGCCAGAGGAAGAGAAAAAAACAGAUGUGGAACAGGAAGCGGUGAAAGUUGAAGAGAAGAAAGCUGAAGAGGAGAAUAAAACAGAGGAAGCAUCGUAGGAGCUCGAGGAAGUCGAGAUUGUCACAUCUCAAAUGCUUCUGUGUUUGUUUUGUUCGUCAUUUUCAUUAUUGUGAUGUUUUAAUAUAUAUAUAAAACCUGGCCAAUAUACUACAAAUUUUAUUACUGCAAAGAGCCGUAGCCCUCUUAUUACAGUUGUUUUCAGUGGCUAGGACACAUUUCUCAGUACUUUUCAAAACUCUUCACACUGUUCUCCUUACCAACUUUCAGCUUGGCACAGC